AUGUCUGGGGGCGGUGCAAAAGAAGAACCGCGCGGAUCCAGUUGGGACUUUAUCUGGAACCCGCGGACGCACGAGCUGAUGGGCCGGACCGCCACGAGCUGGGGUCUCAUCUUCUUGUUCUACCUGGUGUUCUACCUGUUCCUCGCUGGAAUGUUUGCCCUGACCAUGUACGUCAUGCUCCUGACACUCGACGACUACCGCCCCACCUGGCAGGACCGCCUCACUACACCUGGCAUGAUGAUUCGUCCGAAGGGAGACCAGCUGCACAUCGCCUUCUCUGUUUCCAAGGCGGAGUCGUACCGUGACCUGACUUCAAACCUGGACGUCUUCCUCUCACCUUACAACGAUAGUGUCCAAGCCCAAACCAACGACAACUGUCCCCCAAACCAGUACUUCAUCCAAGAGGACAGUGGAGAGGUGAGGAAUAACCCAAAGCGCUCGUGUCAGUUUAACCGGACGGCUCUGGACCUUUGCUCUGGGCUCAGUGACUCCUCCUACGGCUACAGCAGCGGGCAGCCAUGUGUGCUGCUCAAACUCAACCGGGUGAUUGGGAUGCUCCCAGGGAAAGAUGGACAGUCUCCAUAUGUUUCGUGUGGAGCAAAGAAGGAAGAUGUAAACGUUGGUCCUUUGGCGUAUUUUCCUCCAAAUGGAACAUUCAAUCUGAUGUACUACCCAUACUACGGCAACAAGGCCCAGGUGAAUUACACACAGCCGCUGGUCGCGGUGAAGUUCUUGAACGCGUCUCUGAACACCGACCUGAGCGUGGAGUGUCGCAUCAUCUCCAACACGCUCGGAGACGUCUACGCCAACGACAGGGACAAGUUCGCAGGACGAGUCUCCUUCACUCUACGCAUCAAUGCUUAG